AUGGAAUUAGAGGGUGAGCUGGAUUCCCGACCUCGGAGGCGACGGCAGCGUGAUAUUUUAGGUGUGAACAGGUAGGAUAAAUCAAAAAGUUUGUUAUUUUGGCCUUGUAGAUUCGACCGAAUUCCAAUUGAUGAACGUCUUCCUCUCCCUUACGAAAUCAUCUUUCGGCUUCAUUCUAGUCAAGAAGAUCCCGAACAUAUUCGGGAACAGUUCCAUCUUAUCCUGGAAGAGGUAAGACCAGAAAUAAUAAUAUUAUUAUCUGAGACAGUUACCCUUUGAACGCUGCAAAUUGGAACCGAUAAUUGACCAGGCCUUAGCUUCAUUUGAACCUCCUCGGCUCUCUCAACGUGGGACUGCAUUUCUUCACGGAAUUCUCUCUGAAAUUCCCGGAUUAACUGUACGAUUAAUCCAGCGUUUUAUAAAAUUGGCUGGAACUGGACUUGAAACGCAGAUCAGACUGGAAUUAAUCAAUCUUGAUGAGCUUUUUAUGGUUCUCGAAAACCCCAGGUAGAGGAAGAAUUCCAAAACACAUCUUCUUUAGAAUUAUCGAUGAAUCUCUGGAAUGUUUAUCACUUGGAUUGGGGAACAUGCCCAACUUCGGACUUUUUAUAGAGAGAACUACCUACAAUGCCUUCGAAAACUCAUAUUCAAAUGCCAGAAUGAUCAACAAUGAUCUCACUACCGUCAACAACAUUGCGGGAAGUCAUGUCCUCACGUGUUGGCUAGACAUCAACUUCUUCAAAAAGUUACUCCAUGUUACUUUCGCCGUGCCAGUAGAUGAAAUCGACGAGACGGGCUUAAAGUUUGAAGGGUACAAACUGACUCUGUCAUUGUCGUCUGUCAGAGAAAUGACAUUUUGUGCUGAUUUUGAAAACAAUUCUCAUCUUCUCCUGAUCAGAUACAAAACUCCUCCUCAAUUAUGGAAAGCCAUGCCCAAGUAUCACCAUAGCAGAAUUACCCUAAAUCUCACUGAUUGCCGAGAAUGGACAAGAGUUCUGGAAGUAGAGAACAACUCGACGAUUGGAAUGGCGAAAACUCAACUCGGAAAUUGCUGUGUUUUAGGCAUAAAAUUACCUAAAAAACCACCAAUCCCAGCAGACGCCUCUCCAUAUGAACUUGAAAUGAGUUCGCACUUGCAGAACGUAGGUGGAACAAUACGAACUAAAUCGCGGUCGCGGUCUGUGUUCUUAAAAAAAAUGUAUUGAUGUACCAAUAUAUUUUUGUCAAUUUUCAAUAUUGAUGGCCCACUCAAAAAAAAAUUUUUUUCCGAGCUGCGCCCAGCCUUUGAAGCAACAGUUUUUAUUGAUGUUGGCGGCGAUUUUAUGCGAAUGAAGUACACCUUAAUGAUAGUGGGAGAUAGACUAGAACUAAAUAAAACAUCAAGGUACCAUUAAAUGAUCUUUUUUCCAUUUGGGACAUCACCCCUAGAUACUUGUUUGUUCCCAACUUGCACCCUCCGAAAAAGAAUUAGAGUGGGCCAGAAUACGGAAGUUUUUCUAACAAUAAGCUUACAUUUAUAGGACAUGAUCAAUCGCAUCUAUAAUCUUCUGGGCCGGAUCCAAACGAUCGCCAAGACCAAGGUAUUCUUCUCUGAUGUCCACCGAAUCAUCCGAAAUGAAGUUCCUCAUAUCGUGAUGCCACUUUACGACUCUUUUCGUGCGAAUUAUGCCAUCCAUGUAAGGCCCGUUUUUAUUUCCGUUCCACAACCUUCAUUUGGAGCAAGAUUGACGGAAACUGAAAAAUAUAGACCUGCGGUUACGGUACUGUAUAGCUACGAAACUUUCGACUAGUCGGAAACUGUUGUCAGUAGCUUCAAAACUCGAGGCUAUUUUAAUUUUUGGCUACCCUUCAUUUGGGUCAGAUCGACUCCCGGCCAAUAUUUAUAUGCACUCAAUGUGUUCACACCAAAGAUAGGUCCCCCAUGACCACGCCGUGAGCUGGGUCGUGACCAGAAGGUGAAUGUCAAAAACGAUGAGCACGGUGCGAAAGACACUUUAGUUAUGCUGGGUCGUUACCUAGCUCGUGAGCUUGUUCAGGUACUUUUACUUCUGGCCUAUAAUUACAGACAAAUGUAAUGUUAUAUGUUUGAAAAUUCAAAUAUACAAAUGUAAUCUUCGUUUUCAAAGAAGGAACAUGCUUGUUAGAGAAGAUACGGCCAGAAAGUGGUUUUAUCCCUGUCCGCACUCCGCAUUCCGUGUACUCUUUCGGCCGCAAUGAUUGCUAAGUAUCUUGACUGCGCCUGCUCUCAGGAAUUUAUCUCUAUGCCCAAGUGUAUGCAAAAUUUAAAGAAAGUUUAAAAGUUAACUGUAUUUAACACUACUAUUUAUUUAGCUAUUUAAAAGUACCCGUAAUUAACAGUAAGAAGUUUUUUGCUGACCUUUUUACUCAGCGGACCUUUUCGUACCCAAUGAAACCCAGUGUUUUAAAAAAUGACGCGUUAGUUGUAUUUGCAAAUAAAUGGUUUAUUUUUUCAGGGUUUGAUUGAACGUGGAUAUUCGAUAAUCGAUCAACUGUAUGCAUCCUUGGAAAGUUCUUCUUCAGUGCCCGCUUUUUUCCAAGAUGUGGCUAAAGCCCUUGAAGUAUGUAGAUAUACUUUUAUGUUAUAUGUUUAGGAGCACCAAGAGGCGUGUGAGGAGAGUCUGGAGGAUCUUCUAGCGAUAUGCGACGAUCAACGAUUGAAUUCGCUUCAUUACUCGUUCAAAAAGUUGUUCCGACAGAAGAUUACACCAGGUUCUGAUCUAACUUUUACUUCCCGUCAAAUGGAUGUUCCCAGGAAUUGCGUCUUGGUCAGAAAAGUACGUUAAAAUAGGUUUUAUGCUAAUUUAUUUUUUAGGUCAUUGUGACCCCACUCAGAAGAAUCUUCUUACCUCCAGAAGUGAUGAUGUCGAACCGAGUGGUUCGCCAUUUUGGUGAAGAAGGGGCGUUGAGAUGUUCGUUUAGAGAUGAUAAUGGACAGCGGUUGUCGUUGCGCAACUUUACAAGAUGUGCUGAUGGUAUCUUCAGCCAUGCGAUUGUGGAAGACAUGGUAAAACGGACUUUAUUACGGCCGUUUGACGUUGGAGGGAGGUCUUUCAGAUUCUUGGCGUGGUCGAAUUCUCAGGUAUGGAACGUCUUCAAUUGGGGAAAAAGACAUUUGGAGAAACUGAAACAUACUUUUUUAUGCGAAAAGUUUAUAACCUAUUUCUGCCACUGAGAGUAACGUGUCCACAAAAUAAAAUUUUUUGCGAAACUGGCUAAGAUACGGCCAGAAAGUGUUUUUAUCUCUGACCGCACUUCGCCUUUUUGCGUACUUUCUCCGGCGCAAACAUUGUUGAAUAUCUCGGCUGGGCUUGCAAAGCGUGAGCAAAACUUUUAGGCCUUGAUGUCGCUAUGUACGAGGUACAUGCAAAAUUAAAAAAAAAACUGACCGUCACACAUCAAACACAUCCGAGAAACUUAAUCGAAACCAUUGCAAAUUUUUUGCUAGAUUUCGCCGAUUUUGGGCUACGGAAUUUAUAAUUAGGAUGUCAAGGUCAACACAAUUCUUAUGUUCUGAGAAGCAUUCUCUGCAUGUAUCGUAUACCCUUAAAAAAUUUGUCGUCAAGCCUUGGCAGAAGUUUACCCAUCGAGGGACCGCUUGGUGCACCAGAAAAUAACGAAACAUUUUUUGUUUAAAUUUCUCUUUGCCCUGCUAUUUUAAACAUUAGCACGGUGCGCUCCGACUUUAUCGGUGUUGCAGCGAUUGCAUUGCACGUACAGUCGCUAAGAAGGCUUUCCAGAAGUUUCAAUGUGUCACAAUAAAACGUUAAAAAUUAGUGUGAUGACCAAAGAAGUAAGUGCCCAAUAGUCUUCGCCGAAUACGCUGAUUUCCGAAAAAAAAUGAUGAAUUAUUGACGGGGAACUGAGACAAGGUCGGAAGUACAUACAGAGUAAACUGAAAUUUCUCCAUGUUUAUGCCUUAGCCACAUAGUGGCUUGCCACUUUUAUGCGGGAAACAGUAUUUUUCAGUUUCCCCAAUUGUCUAUCUCCGCUCAGCCAAUUCUUAUUAUAUUUUUGGUAACCGUUUUGUAGUUGAGGGAUCAUGGCUGUUAUAUGUUUUCGGAUAUGUUCAAGGAAAACACUUUGAAUGGGGCGUCUGAGUUUAUCAGCGUAGACACCAUACGAUCCUGGAUGGGCGACUUCUCUAAAGCAACAAGUGUCCCGAAGUUGAUGUCUCGAAUGGGACAAUGUUUUACUCAAGCGCAGCCUACAAUUGAGUUGAAGAAAAGGGACUGGGAGGUUGUUUCUGACUUUGAGAGUCGAUUUGUGGAUCCCUUUUUAAGAAAGAAUUAUGUUUUUUCUGAUGGUGUCGGUCUGAUCUCUCCCCGAUUCGCAAAGAUCGUGUCAGCCAUGCUAGAUGUUUAUCCAGUACCUUCGUGCUUCCAGGUUGGUGGAAUUUAUUUUCUUGUAUUGGUUUUUAGGUUAGAUUCAAAGGAUUCAAGGGUAUUUUGGUUAAUUGGCCUAACUUGGUAAACCGGGAGAACUACAAGGAAAUUGUUUUCCGCGAGAGUCAGCACAAGUUUGAAGAUGCUAAGGAAGAUGACAAGGCCACUUUAGAGGUCGUAAAAUACUCGAUGCCAUCUCAAGUCUGCUUGAACAGACCUUUGAUCAUGAUCUUGGAUCAAGUUCUCCAAAAACAAAAUAUUAGACGUCAUCGCGCAAUGAAACGAAGGGUUACGGAGAUUGUUGAAGGGGAAUUGGACACUCUCGGAGGUAUGAUUGCCUUUGUUUUGACCUUUUUUUAGCCAUGUUGUAUCGCGAUGUUAUUGCAAGUGCGCAGUUAACAACCAGAACUGCCAGUAGAAUUAAUUUCCGAUCAUUACUCGAUUCUGGAAUUACUUUAACCGAUGAACCGCUUUUCCGAUUAAUGUUGGUGGCUAUUUACAAGUACUGUAUUAUUCAGGAUAUGGUUAAAGUAAGGAGUUUUUAGAUGAAAAGUGAUAUUUUCAUUAUAGUUGAAGGUGCCCGUUCCCCCAGAACUUGGACGAACUAUGUAUGGAGUUGUCGAUGAACUUGGUUAUCUGAAUCCAGGCCAAGUUUUCUUGCAAUGUUCUCGAAGUGUCUCCUUAUCUUCAAUUAAUUAUGCUCCGUUUGUUGGUCGAGUGUUGGUUACCAAGAAUCCCUGUCAUGUUCCUGGUGAUGUCCGUAUGUUUGAGGCUGUUGAUCUCAAAGAAUAUCAUCAUCUGAGAGAUGUGAUUGUGUUUCCUCGUCAUGGAAUCAGACCUCAUCCAGAUGAAAUGGCCGGCAGUGAUCUUGAUGGAGAUGAAUAUGCCGUGUUCUUUGACUCCGACUUAUUCUAUGAUCAGAACGAGGCUCCAAUGCAUUUCCCAAAGAAAACUGCACAGGAAUUGAAUCGACAGCCAACGGUAAGGUAACAUAUCUUACCGUAUUUAUUAAUGAUACAUAUGGCUCGGGACUUCUAAAUCUCUUUGCAAAAGUCCAUCCGAACCUGCUAAUUUAGUCCAAAGCUAAAAGUUGACAAAAAAGGAGGGGGCGACAGAGAAAGGCAGAAAUUCUUACAAAGAGAGAAAUUGCGCAAUUUUAUGUCAGAUUGCGCAACUGUUAACCUUGUACUAAAUUUGUAAGGUUCGGAUGGACUCUUUCGGAGAGAUUUAGAAGUCCGGAGCCAUAUUGUAAGAGUGAAGCCGGAAGUUCACCACUCAAAAAAUCAGUCAAGGGACAUGUACAAACUAUUCAUAGCCAAAUGAAGUGUGCUAGAUACCAUUUGAAAAGUUGACCUAGGAACCGGUUUGCAAAAUUGACAAAGGAAUUUUAUUUACGGCAUGCAUAAGGUAUAAACCACUGUAAAGGAUUUACAGGGGAAGGGCACAAAUUUAAAUAAUUUUUUUCAAGUACCUACGAAAUUCUUAUUUUGCUCUUUGCAAACACGUCUGAGAUCUUUAGGUCGAACGUUGGCAAAGAAAGACAGUGGUUCGGAAAAUGCGGGAAUUUUCAUGGGCGUGAUUAGAGGAGACGGCAGAGUGGUAGGAGUUUGUCGUUCUGGUCGAGCUCGUCCGAUUCUCGUUUAUUGUAUUUAAUUUGGCCAUGGAUGUUUCUUACAAGUCCCUUGUGAGUGAGCACUUCCGCCUUCACUCUUACAUCUUGUAGACGGAAGAUAUGGUGGAUUUCUUCUUGAAAUAUCUGGAACAAGAUUCGAUUGGUCGUGUUUCGAAUGCCCAUUUGGUUGCAGCUGAUCAACUCGGCAUUUUUGAGUAAGGCAAUUGUAGCUGGAAUAUCUAUUUUAUAUUACAGUAAAAUUUGCGAGAAUUUGGCGGCAAAAUGUUCUGUGGCCGUGGAUUUCCCGAAGACUGGAGAACCUGCCGAACCCUUGACUCAGGAUGAAAGAUUCGAGGUGUUGCCUGACUUCAUUGGAUGCAAUACCAGAAAUGUUUAUCAAAGCAGAUGGCUUCUUGGGACUCUUUACAGGUAACCAGAGUACCGUAUCUAAAUUCCGUUUUAGAAAAAUUCAUGUGCUGGAAAUGAUUUUGGAGAGCAUUCCUGGUUUUGAACAAAAGAAAUCCGCCCCACCUGAUGAACUUCUUUUGGAUCAAACACUCAAGGACACCGAACCCUACAUGUUUCAAGAAGCCUUACGUCAUCGUGAUGUUUAUUACGCAAAGCUUCAACAGAUAUUGGACGAGUAUGGAAUCGAAAGUGAGGCAGAAAUGAUGAGUGGGCAUGCUGUUUCGAUUAGAAGGAUCACGGAUAUGGAGAAGCAGGACUACUCUUUCUACCACGCCGAUAGAUUGGUAAUGUUUAAAUGUUUUUUUAACUCACAUUUAGGUCGAAAUGAGAGUAAAUCAGAUUAUUGAUAACUUUCGUCGAGAAUUCUUUGACCAAUUUGGUGGGGAAGCUCAUUGUUUGGAGUGUGAAGAUGCUGGGAUCACAAGAUUUAUUGGACCCGAGAAAGCUCUUUUGAAAGCACAGUGUUGGUACACUGUAGCUUAUGGAGAAGAUGCCGAAAACAUUAAGUUUCGCUCAUUUCCGUGGAUUGUGUGGGAUAUGAUUGUUCAUGCUAGAAAGAAGAUAGUAAGAGCCUUUAUAUCUUUUGUUCCUAAUUUUAUUUAGCGACUUCGCGUUCUUGCAUUGACGGGAAAACUUGACCCUGGCCAGAAUAUGAUCUUCAAAGACCUCACCCAGUUCAUUCUUAACUUCAAUAAACAGAAUGUUGACGAUCUGCGUGCCUUUGACCAUCGCUUAAUGAGUCAACAUGGACACCUGCACUGUUACGAGAUUUAUAUUACACUUUAUGGAUCCAAGUUGGCCGCGACUUUAUUCUUUUUGCACCAUUGGCUUUUUGUGGUAGUUCGAAACGAAUUAUAAUAGAUGAUUUAGAACAACAUGUACAAGACAGGAGGCUUUUCUCAAAAGCAUUUGAUUUUGUUGGUUUUGAAAUUUGCAUUUGGUCUUCCGAUUGGUCGAUAUGUUAACCAAAAGACUUACCUCACCCACAAAGUGGAGACUGUGGAAGAAGCGCAGACUUUGAGAGGAUCUGAAAAUGCUCCGUUCAAGUUUGAGGAAUGUGGAGGAUUGGUUCUGGAGUUUGUCAGAUUUUUGGGAAGCGUCCAUUUUUCGUUGUCAGAUACUUUGGACUUCAGUUAUGAUGGUUUAACUAAUCUCACCGACAAUGGGGAACACGAACCCUGCUGUCUUUUCAAUGCUAGCGACUGGAAACCCAUUAGUGAAGUAGGCUUUAAUGAUUCAUUUUGUUUUAGUGGGAUUGCUUUUCGUCGCUGAUGAGCCUGGUUUCAGUUGGCUUAUCGGACAUUCCACUUUGUUUCCCUCACUCGAAACUUCGAAGUUUUCACGAAGAAAAUAAGCGAUCUCGUCAAACUUUAG